AUGGCCAUUACCCCCCGCCCCCUCAAACCCGGCAUCUACGUCCCAACCGUCGCCUUCUUCACCUCUCCCAAUGAAGACCUCGACCUGACCACCACCGCCCAACACGCCACCUAUCUAGCCCAAGCCGGCGUGACCGGUCUCGUCGUGCAAGGCAGCAAUGGCGAAGCCGUCCACCUCAGCCGUGAAGAACGCAACCUGAUCACCUCCACCACCCGACAGGCUCUCGACACCCACGCGCCCUCCGCCCCGCUCAUCGUCGGCUGCGGCGCCGCCUCCACCCGCGAGACCAUCCAACUGUGCCAAGACGCCGCCGCCUCCGGAGGCGACUAUACCCUGAUUCUCCCUCCCUCGUACUACAAAUCCCUCCUCUCUCCCAAAGACCUCCUCGACCACUUCCGUCUCGUCGCCUCCGCCUCCCCCAUCCCUAUCCUGGUAUACAACUUCCCCGGCGCCUCCUCGGGCCUGGACCUCUCCUCAGACGACAUCCUCGCCUUGGCGGAACACCCCAACAUCGUCGGCGUGAAGCUGACUUGUGGAAACACGGGUAAAUUGGCGCGCAUUGCUGCCGCCGCUGAACCGGGCUUCUUGACCUUUGGUGGCUCCGCCGACUUCACGCUCCAGACGCUGGUGGCAGGCGGUCAUGGAGUGAUUGGUGGCGUGGCUAAUCUGAUUCCGAGGUUGAGUGUGCGUGUGAUGGAGCUGUAUCAGGCUGGUCAGGUCGAGGAGGCUCAGAGGUUGCAGGCUAUUGUGGCGCGUGCGGAUUGGCAGGCGAUUAAGGGUGGGUUUGUGGCCGUCAAGAGUGCCUUGCAGACGUACCGUGGAUAUGGAGCCUUGCCGAGACGGCCCUGUGUGGUGCCGUCGGAGGAGCAGGCGACGGCGUGGAAGGAUUCGUUUGCGGAGGCUAUGGAGUUGGAGAGGCAAUUGGAGAAGCAGGCUUAG